ACAUGUUAAGAUCAGAACGCACUGUAAACCCCCCUACGAUGCACAUCUUCAUCUCGCCGAGACGCACUACAUACACAAUUAAUCCAAGCUCCGCGACAAUACAUCAAAACAUGUACCCUGCAUCGCGACAGCGCCGUGGUGAAAGCUCGCGGGAGCACAGGGAGUGCUGUGUUUGCCCCGAAGCACCAUGCUGACAGACGAUAUGGGACUAAGAAUCAGUGCCAAACUUCCCUUCAGGCGGCUCCUGUGCUCAGGUGAACGGCUCUCAUUCGCCUGGCACAUACUCUUAGCCUUGUCGAGUGUGAUACACCGGAUGCGUGUACUGGUUCAUCUCGCCCGCCGGACGGUGCUGGGUGCGUCGGCACUCGCAAGACUGACACUGAACUGGUGGAGACGGGCUCACGGGAAACCGACCGCCAGUUUAGACCCUGGCAAGCAGCCGGAUCCCUUUUCGAUUCGUACUGAGCCUGGAAAGUUUGGCACCACUUACCAAGCAAAUGUCGAGCAUUCCCCCAUGGCAAAAGAGCACAGGGCAGAUUUGGCAUGCUUCCAAGAGGCCUGUGUUCCCAUCCCGAUGAAUUCUUCAAAGGGCGGGAGUUUCUGGGGGCUGGGGGCUGGGAAUGGGAGGCGAAAGGGGGGAGAAGGACGGCCUGCGUGUGCUUGCUUAUAAGAAGCUAUGCCGUCAUCUCUGGCCACUGCCCCCUUGUGCAGUUCGUGCAGGCGUCACUUGGUCUGGCUGCACGCUGCAGGCUGUCUGCAGCUUCACUGGCGUUGCCAUGUCACCCACCUUCAGUCUCCUCCAUCGCAAUCCUUCCCCGCUCUGCCCCGCGGCACACCAUCAUUGGACACUAUCUUUCGUGCAGCAGGCCAACGAAGUCUACGGAGUAGAUUGCCAUGCGGUGGCAGGGCAGUGACAAUCAAGGCGAGAUGGAGAGGAGAGGGGCAGACC